AUGCUUCGCACGACCGUCUCCAAGGCGGCCGCCUUCCGUCCCCUUCGCACGGCCACUUUCACCACGACCGCACGCACCAUGGGCGAGGGCGACACUGGUGCCCCCCCCAAGAUGGGCGGCCAAGGCGAUGCCUUCCAGCGCCGCGAGAAGGCAAAUGAGGACUACACCAUCCGCCAGCGCGAGAAGGAGAAGCUGUUGAGCCUCAAGAAGAAGCUCGCUGAGCAGCAGCAGCACCUAGACCGUCUCUCGGCACACAUUGACGAGAUCACAAAGGACCAGGGUGGUGAGAAGAACUAA